GGAGGCUGCUGGCUGUGCUGUAAUGGAGGCAGUAGGGGAUGUGCUGUUGUGCAAGGGACAGACAAGAAAGGGCUAUUGCAAGGCAUGAAGUCAGAGAAAUAGAGCAGCGUCAUACAGUAGAUGGUCCCCGACAAGAUGUGACACUGGAUGAAGAAGAUGAUGUGGUGAUUAUUUACAACAGAGUACCCAAGACUGCCAGCACAUCCUUCACAAAUAUUGCCUAUGAUCUCUGUGCAAAGAAUAAGUACCAUGUUCUACAUAUCAAUACAACCAAAAAUAAUCCUGUUAUGUCUCUGCAAGAUCAGGUGCGGUUUGUGAAGAACGUGACGUCCUGGAGGGAGAUGAAGCCGGGCUUUUACCAUGGCCACGUCUCGUACCUGGACUUCGCCAAAUUUGGUGUUAAAAAGAAACCAAUUUACAUAAAUGUCAUAAGAGAUCCUAUAGAACGCCUAGUUUCUUACUAUUACUUUCUGCGCUUUGGAGAUGAUUACAGACCAGGGCUACGGAGGCGAAAACAAGGGGAUAAAAAGACCUUUGAUGAAUGUGUGGCAGCUGGAGGUUCUGACUGUGCUCCGGAGAAACUUUGGCUUCAAAUUCCAUUCUUCUGUGGCCACAGCUCAGAAUGCUGGAAUGUGGGAAGCAGAUGGGCUUUGGAACAAGCCAAAUACAAUCUGAUUAAUGAAUACUUCCUAGUGGGAGUUACUGAAGAGCUUGAAGACUUUAUCAUGUUAUUGGAGGCAGCUUUGCCCCGGUUCUUCAGGGGUGCCACGGAACUGUACCGGACAGGAAAGAAGUCGCAUCUUAGGAAAACAACUGAGAAAAAACUUCCCACAAAAGAAACUAUUGCCAAGCUACAGCAGUCUGAAAUCUGGAAAAUGGAGAAUGAGUUCUAUGAAUUUGCACUGGAGCAAUUUCAGUUUGUCAGAGCACAUGCAGUUCGGGAAAAAGAUGGAGAAUUGUAUAUUCUGGCUCAAAACUUUUUCUAUGAAAAGAUUUACCCUAAAUCAAACUAAGAAUGCUAUACUGUUAGAUUUAUGGACCUAAAUCUUUGGUCACAUCAUCAUCUUAGUCCUCAGCCAUGGAAACUAGAUUGCUUGUAGACCUCCAAGACAUUUCUUUAUAUGAGGAAAGUGGGUUGUGGAUCACCUCCAGGGCUUUGGAUGUAGCUGUGUUGGUAAUCCAGAAGCAAAGGCUUCAUUUCUUUUAUCUAAUACAUUCAGUGGGAGUCAAUAUCCUUAACCUGAAGAAAUCUACACUGUAAUUCAGAGCAAUUAAUCCACGACAGUUCUAUUUGAAAAUAUAAAGAAUCAAAAAACCACUUCUGUUGAUGCUCUUUUUAAUUUUCAGAGCAAUUUAUUUUCAUUUAUACUUCUGUGAAGAGGAAAUAACUUUCCCCAGCUUUCAACAUGGAAAUUUUGGUUGUAUACAGUAUGAGUAGUCCUAAUAACUGGUUGACAUCUGUGCUUUGUUUUUUGUGAAUCAUGUCAUGAUAUUAAUUGGGAUGGUGAAUAAUGUUCUGCUGAGAAAUGCUGCUGCUGCUGGAAUUGCCCAUAUUUAUAUAUGUGGUUUUAUUAAAAAAUUACAACUUCUCAUUAGUGUUAAAAUGUCAUUUUCACAUUAAUAUUGUAAAAAGUUAAAGAAACAGAGCAGUGGGGUUUUUAUUUUUCUCUUUUUUAUUUUAAUCACCAUCACCACUGACUGAGGUUGGGAAAACUACAGAGAGAUUUGGUAUUGUCUGCAGUUCUAGUUGAUCCUUACAGUGGUAUAAAAAUUGUAAAUUCUUAAGUAAGUUUCUCCAUGGAUUCUUUGUAAUAAUUGUAAACUGAGGUAUUGGUGAAUCCAUAUUAUGACUCUACUAGUGAGCUGUGGUAUGGCUAGGGUUUUCCUACUACUUCAAUACUUUUAUCUGUAGAAUAUUUUUACUGAGGUGCUUUAUAACGUGUUUUAAAGCAUUGCAUUUACAAAAGGAGUAAAAUGCUGUAAAUACUGCUUAUUUUAUGUAUUUGGACCAAAAGGUUUAAAGUGACUAGUUUAAAGUGGGGUUUUUUGCACCAGUUCUGUUACGUGUGAAGUGAAAAACAUCACAUCUGCUUCCUGGUUGCGUUAACUGUUGGACAUUGCUGAAACACACUUCAGUGACCUCUCUCACUUCAAUACCAGAAUGUUUUCCAGGGAUUCUCCUUACAGAAAUGUAGUCUUCAUCCUUUUAUUAGGGUAAGAGAACAAGAAGAAAAAUGUCAUGUGCAGUCUGGUUGGGAAAGAUGCAGUGAACUUGAUUGACAUAAUUGCAUUUCUCUAACUGCCUUACGUGACUGUUGUAAAUUUGUGAGUUGCCAUUAUUAACAGUGUGAAACACCUGGCAGAUGAAGUAAAUUGAAAUUUGAGAACAGAUGUUGGGGCCACUACAUUAUAGUAAAUGGCCAUGGAGCACUGCAAGAAUUUUUCCUAUUGAAUUUUCUUAAAGAUUCGAGUAUUUACACAACUUCCACCUGCCUUUUCUUAAAAGUGCUUUUCACAGGGUUUGAUUGGGAAGGCACUGUGGAGACAAAGGAAAGAAUGGUGGGAAAGGUUCAAAUUCUUAAGGUAUGAUGCUGAAGGUUUAAUUUAAAAUUACCGAGUGGAGUUUUUUUAACCAGCUUGUUCUUGUAAUGAAAACAAAGGAAAUGGAAAAUGGUCUGUGAACUGGAUGUCUGCAGCCAAAAGCAACAGCCCAAUUACAGGGAGGAUAACGAGAGACUAUCAAGUACAUCUUGCAGUGUCUUUGUUUUCUUAGAUUUUUCCCUUCUGAUUUUAAAAAUAGAUCUCUCUUUGUUCUUCCCAAAUAAUCAGGGAAGUUCCUUCUCAUAAGUUACCAUUUAUAUAGCAUGAACCAUGCAUAAAGCUUCCUGUUCUAGUUCUUGUCUGUUGACAUCAAUAAUAAUGCCAGCAUGUUUGGAUAUAGGAUGUGUUGGGUCACACAUGAAGACAUGUUUCCUAGCUAAUGAAAGGAACUGAGGAAUCAUACACAAAAAGUAGUUAAUGGAGAUCUAAAAGUUUUCAUUGAAAAGCAGACGCUUUUUUUAAAAAGUAAAAUAAAUGUUUAUAAUUCCAGAAAAGAUUUCCACUCAGUGAUAGUUUUGUUAGAUUUUUUUUUUUUUACUAUGUUGUUUUCCUUCAGAAUAAUUCAGAUAAGUUUACCUUCUUCAAUCUUCUUCAGAAUUUUCAGCAGAGCACCUCAAAGAGAGCUGAAGAGCUUGCUAAGCGAAAAUGCAAAAUAUUCACCUAAGUAAUUAAAUAGGUGUGUGGAUGAUACUGUCUGAACUCUGCUGCUUAAGCAGUCAAUGGGAAAAGCCUGAUUCAAGUGCACUGCCAAUCUAGCUCUUCAAAAUUAGAGCAUAUUUUAUGACUACUAGAGAUGAAACUUAAAAGUUUAAGGCUGCUUAGUUGGAUGGAUGCUUCAUUUACUGUAAGCCUAUGCAACUGUGUAACCUUUGCAGCAGUAUAGAAAGAGCCUCUCUUCUGAGACUUUUCUGGAGCAUAAUUACAAAUGUUCGUACACUUGUACUGUCUGAUACUUACAUCAGCAGCUUUCUGUAGCUUCUGCAAAAGAGACAGGUUUGUGAGCAUUUCUAAAGCAGUACUGAAUGUAAUUUUGAAAAACAUGGAUUGUGCUUCAUGACCUUUUUCUUUUUAAACACACACACAGCUAAAUAGUGCCUUUUUUCCUCACAAUCCAUGUUGAAGAUGCUUGCUCCCACUCACCCUCCGUAAAUUGAUUCAUUUGUGCAAUACUAUUACAACUUGAAACAAUUUUGUCACAGCUGUUUGAAAAAUUAUCUCCAUUUUUCCUCACUGUGCUGCCAGCUUUCUGUUGUUUAAGUGUUUCAGUUGAUUACCUAAUGCAAAUGCUAUAAAAUAAAACACCCAUUGGGAAGGGGAAAGAAAAGAAGUCUGGUGUCCUGUCUUAAUAUUUGCAUGUCACAUUCUCAUGGAAUACUUUUUUUCUGGAGCAUGUUGUUACACAGUAUUGUGAACUUUGUUGGCAGCUAUUACGAUUUUGGAGGGGAGAGACAAGCUGCAGUGCAGCUUGUCUGUAAUAAUUUCAUACAACUAUAACAAAAUAUAUUUAGAGGCACUUAGAACUUGCAUGGUCACUUGCUUUGUGACCAGAUAUGUUUUAAGUUUGCAGGGGAUAUACACUGUGCUGAAGGUGACAAUGAAAAGUUCUUAAUAUUAAAGCAAAGAUUUGUAAGAACAGAAAACUGGCAUUAAACCAGUGGAUUGAUACCUUUGUGCUUCCCUGACUGAGGAAACAAAUGACCAACCAAUUGCUGUGGUACAGGAACACCCUCAGUUACUGCAGUGCUCAGGGUGGUGUAAGAACUUGAGUAGACUAGAAAUGUCAUUUGCAUUUGUAAGCAAAGACUUAGAACAAGAAAAUAGCAUCGGUAUGCUGCUGUUUAGGAUUUCUGAGGCAUACUAUAACCACUGCCCUGUAAACGUUUCUGGCUGUGUGUGCUAUGGAGCUGAACAUCACCUGACCCUGCCGAGUGUCUCGAUGCAGUAGUUCCUAAAUAUGUAGUUAUCAGCAUUGACAAUUACAAACCAUCAUGCAAUUACUUAGCAACUUCAACUUGAGGAUUUUGAUGGCUUUUAAAUCCCCCUUUUGUUGAAAAUAGACUUUUCCUUGCUCCUGUGAAUGGAAGUGAUAGGUGUAAUUGUGCUCAGGAAACAAAGUCUCCCUGCUUUUAUCAGCCAGGGGAAGUGGAGGAAAAAAAUAC